UCACAGCUCUCAAGUUCAAAUUUAAUUUCUUAAAGUGCAACGAAUAUCACUAUUUAAUAUUUACGCACAAACAAUGAAGAGUUUAACCAUGCUUGCUAUCUUCUUGCUUGUGACUUUGGCAGUGCCAACAUUGGCAAGGUUGGGAAAUACAAAAGGCACCAAAAUGGAAAUUAUAGAAGUUUUUCCAGAGUUGGUAGAGGUGGUGGAAGUAGAGGAGCAACAAUUGAAGGGGAAGCUGCAAGCUUGUGCAAAUCCUGGUGAUAGUUGUGUGCACAUCCCAUGUUGUCCACUUAGUUCUGGAAAUAUGGUCGUUUGUGCCACAAGUGACUUCAAUGCAAUUUGUGUAGACAUGGGUCCACCUUGCUCUUGGUGCUAGGAUAUUAAAGAGUGAAAAUAAACUACUCUUUGUUAUGUCUGCUCUUUGUGUAGUUGUGUGCUUAACUACUGGAUUAUGCUUUGAACUGGUUGCUCUAUGUAUGCAACCUUUUAUUUUAAUGAGUAAAAGUGGACUAUUACUAUGUGUUUUUUUUUUAAUUGCAAUAUUUUCACUUUCUACUAUUUAUAGUUUAAACUUUGAUUUUAUAUUAUGAUGUAUAUACAAGGAUAUAUGAUCUUGUUUAUUUGGAGUUAUUUUCAGUUUA